AUGUAAAACCUCAUACAACCUUAAAUGUAUUAAAAGAAGUGCUCUUAUCAUAAUGAUAAAGAUAUUGAAUAUUUGCAAAUAGGCUCACAAAAGCAGCGUUAAAUUGGAGCUUGCUAAAAAUGUAUCGUAUCUAAUGAUUUGUCAGGUGAAAAUUUGAUACUGAUUAGCGAUAUUUUAAAUAUGUAAUCUAUAGAUAACCCUAUUUCAAAGAAGUAUCCUAUUUUAAAAGAUAAAAAGCUUCUCAGUAAUUUAUAUAAUGAGUACAUUUCAUAGUAAUAUAAUAAUCCAUUAUAACAAGCAAAAACAUUUUUGGAAGAAUUAAAGAAUAAGAUCGACCUUCUAAAAUCCUAUAAUCAAAUUUCUUAAAAGGGUAAAUUUUUAUCUCUCUUUAAAGAUUAUAUGUCUGACUCUACGAAUUAAGGUUUAGAGUUAUCAUAAUUUUUGUUAGAGUUAUAUCAAAAGAAACAAGAAAAUACUCAAUUCUUAUAAUCUAAAUUAGAAAGCUUCCAAAAAACUCAAGGGUUUAUAAAGUAAUAAUAAUCAUUUUAGCUAAGAUUUUAAGAUAUCACAUCGAGUAUUAUUGACAUCAUUGGAAAAAUAUUAACUUUUGAUAAUAAGAAAGAUUGUUUUUAUUAGCAAGUAGAAAAUAAUCUGUAAACCAUUAACAACCAACUUGAAACAUUCAAAUAACUUUUUUUACCUUCCAACUAAAUUAAAGGUGAAGAUGAUUUAAAAAAGGAAACAAUUCAUUAAUUCAUACACUAAAAUAAAAAAGAUAUCUCUUAUGAAUUGCUAAAGUUAACCAAAACUAUUUAUAUUUAAGAAAUAAAACUAAAUGAAAGCCAAAAAGAACAUGUGAAUGAAUAAAAAAUAAAAUAAAUUUAAGAAAAUAUUCAAGUAUUUAACAAAAAUCUUUAUCAUAUAGUAUACUAAUUUACCCCUCUUACUCCAAAUUCCUUCUAAAUAAUAAAUGUUGCUCCAAAUAAUACUAUACUAAUCAAAUAAUUUAAGCCAUUUUAGAAUCAAGAAUCUCAAUAUACAUUUUGUAUUGGACUAAAAUAACUCAAUACAUAACAACAAUAACACAAUUCUCUCCAACAAGCAUAAUCUUACUUUUUUUCAAAUACUGCAGUUGAAGGUAGACUUAACACAAGAGUCAAGUAAGGUGUACACAUCUUUGAUUAAAAGAUCUCUGAUAGUGCAUAGAUGAGAAAAUUAGAAGUCAUAUUCUGCUUGAAAUAUAAGUAAUUUACUUUACUUGACUUACCAAAAAGAGAGAAUAUUAUUAUUGCAGAAGACCAAAGAUUAGAAAAAAUAGAUUUAAAUUAAAGGUAUUACUUUUUCAUGAAAAUGCAAGGAAUAUAAGAAAUCAAUAUGAUAUAAUUUUAACAGUGUCCAUAAAUUAAAUAAAUUUGA